CCAGUGCCAUCCGGGUGCCUGUGUGUUGCGAGCUGGACUGGGGUGUGGUGGAGUAGCAGAGUGCUACAGGCACCGAGCUCUUCCCCGCAGACACAGGGGCUCAGUGCUUUUUUAGAAAAUUCAUUAUCAGCCAUUCAGGCCAGAACCUAAAUCUCCUCCAUAGUUAUUUUUCUUUGCAUUUAAGCCAACACAGCCAAAAGAAAAGAGGGACGUCUCUUUUUCAUAUAUAAUCUACAUAAAGUUUCUUUUGGAGACGUCGACUGGACCUUUCGCUGGAGGACUUGGAAGCUGAAAUUUGCAAGACGAGGGAGGACUUCUUUGUUAAAGAUCCACACACAACAAAAAGAGAAUUGAAUCGGCUUGAAACUGACAAUGGGUUGUACCAUCAGCGCUGAGGACAAGGCGGCGGCCGAGCGAUCGAAAAUGAUUGAUAAGAAUCUCCGCGAGGAUGGAGAGAAAGCGGCUCGAGAAGUGAAGUUGCUACUUUUGGGUGCUGGAGAAUCUGGGAAAAGCACAAUUGUAAAGCAAAUGAAGAUUAUCCACGAGGAUGGAUACUCAGAAGAAGAAUGUAGACAAUACAAAGCUGUGGUAUACAGCAACACCAUCCAGUCUAUCAUGGCCAUCAUCAAAGCUAUGGGAAACCUGAAAAUAGACUUUGGAGAGUCUGGCAGAGCAGAUGAUGCGCGCCAAUUGUUUGCAUUGUCUGGUACGGCUGAGGAGCAGGGCAUCUUGCCCGAAGACCUAGCAAAUGUGAUCCGAAGGCUCUGGAGUGACGCUGGGGUUCAGGCUUGUUUCGGUCGAUCUAGGGAAUACCAACUCAACGAUUCUGCUGCUUAUUAUCUGAAUGAUCUUGAAAGGAUAGCGAGAUCUGAUUACAUCCCGACUCAGCAAGAUGUCCUGCGAACUCGUGUCAAGACUACAGGCAUUGUGGAGACCCAUUUCACUUUUAAGGAUCUACAUUUCAAGAUGUUUGAUGUCGGUGGACAGAGAUCUGAGAGAAAGAAAUGGAUCCAUUGCUUUGAGGGUGUUACUGCUAUCAUCUUCUGUGUAGCUCUUAGUGCAUACGACUUGGUCCUGGCUGAGGACGAGGAGAUGAAUCGUAUGCAUGAGAGCAUGAAACUUUUUGACAGUAUUUGCAACAACAAAUGGUUCACGGAUACUUCGAUCAUCCUCUUCCUCAACAAGAAGGAUCUCUUUGAAGAGAAGAUCACCAAGAGUCCCCUGACUAUUUGCUUCCCUGAGUAUUCAGGGGUAAAUGAGUAUGAUGCGGCUUCAGGGUAUAUCCAGACCAAGUUCGAAGACCUAAAUAAACGGAAGGAUACUAAGGAGAUCUACACACACUUCACCUGUGCCACCGACACAAAGAACGUGCAGUUUGUAUUUGAUGCAGUCACUGAUGUCAUCAUCAAGAAUAACCUGAAGGAUUGUGGCCUCUUCUAAGAAAUGCAAAGAAAAUUGAGGAUGAUGAGUUACUUGAACUGUUCAGUGCGGAGGAUUCCAGAGGAAGGACUGCACCAAUAAAAUCAGCUUUCUGCUUUUAACUGCUUUUUACAAGAGACUUAAGACCAUCAAUGCAUUGCCAACUUUCCCAAUCUUUUUAUCCCCCAAUGAUGCAGGAUUUUUACUAUUUAAUUAAUUUUAUUUUUUACAAAAAUGCCUUGUUUCAGAGGAGUGCAAAUAUCCCUGAUCUGAGUUAGCAAGUGCUUUGCUAGUGUUAGCGGAACUCUCCGCUCCAUGAUUAUGUCAGGCAUGGAUACAUUUUUUUUUGAAAAAAAUGUUUUGGUUGCUUAGAGCAUGUAAGAAGUUAUAAAUGUGAUCAUCUUCCAAACAGAACAGCUUAGCAAAAACUGGUCAUUGCACCAAUUUGUUGAUUUCCCUGCUGGCAAAAAUGAAUUGCUCCUUUGUGUGUGUAUGUGAGAGAGUGAGGGAGAGUUUUUCAACCAAUUUGCAUGUAAAACAUAGAUGUCUCCUAUUCUUUACAUUUGCACAACCAGCAUACAUUCCUAAAGGAUUUUAAUAGGUUGUAAAAGUUGCUUGAGGAAGGCUUUAUUAGCUACUAAGCUGCAAGUUCAUUUAACAUAUUUAAAAUGUAAGUAAUCUACCAUGUACUGGUAUUAAUUUUGCUGCAGUAAGUUUUGUGCCUUGAAAGUAACUUUGUUUACAGUUGUAACUGAGUUCUGCUUUAAUGUUAAUGGUAAGUUUUUCCUUUCCCCUUAAUUUCUGAUGGAAAUGGUUACUUUUGGCAUGUCCAAGCAAACAAUACAGUAUCCGUGGAGAGGGCCAAUUUGACGAUAGUCUGUUCACUUUAUUCAAAUAGGGGUAUUAUAUUCAAAAUGAUGCAGGAAUUAACUCCAAGUACUAACUGGGAUUUUGCUAUACCUAGUGGGUCAAAUGUUUAAAUCCACUAGGAUUUCUUUUAUAAACUUUUCAGUCUCCUUUUAUCCGGAGGAAUAAAAGUGCUCCCGCUCCUACCCCCUCAUCUCUAUCAAUAAUUUCCUUUGCAUCUCCCACAUGGACAGUUGUUAGUCAGUCUGUCCCAUGAAUGGUUACAGUGGCCAUCCAACAUCCGUGCUCAUUUAUAUGAUUGCUUUUCUAUUGUAUUUGCCUUUAUACUCCCUGCAAAUCUGUUCCCCAAUUUCUAACGUUGUGGGAAUGGAUUAUAAAAUUCUAAGGAAGCUUAAAUCCAGUGUAAACAUAAUGUGGUUAUUGUAACAUCUCCCUGCUGCUUGUAUCAGUCUUUUCUAUCUAAUCCAUCUAACAUAAAUGGGUUUGUGGCAACAGUAUAGCAUCCCAUCUGGAAACUGGUGAGAACUGAAAAGAGCAUCCAUACUGAAGGCAUGUAGGCCUGAACAGAGCAUAACACUAUGAACAACAAUUAUCUUCUGACCAGUGCUUAAACUACCUGUACCUUCAUUGCUGAAUUGCUAAAGAAAGCAUCUCAGUAAAAUUCUCUUCUGCAGCUAGCAAUCUUCACCCAAGCACCCUCUAUUGCUAAUAAGCAAUAGAUAUAAAGUUGAAAAUUUCAGAUAUCUCUCCUCUUGAGCAAAAUCUAUAUUGCUCGCAGAGUGAUCCUAAGUCAUUGGCUGCUUCCAGACACACGUUGUUUGUUUUGGUAAUGAUAGAAAUUUAGUUUGAUGUUUGACACAACUUGGUCUUAAAGGCACACAAUUCAUGUAGUUGAUUUCUGUCUUAACUGGUGCUUGACACCAAGCCUGUAAAAUUGUAGCUCAACUUAUUCGCCCCCCCUCAGUUGAGCAUUCUUCCAGUUUUCUAUAGACUGAUUCAUCAAAUCCAGUUUAGGUUCAUGUGAUUGAAAAUGCUAGGGUAUCAACCAGAAAAGAAGAAACCUUCAUUUAGUCUGUAAUAUCCAGUGCCUGAAAAAUUGAAGCUCAAAGCCAUUUAUUUUUCAUCUGACUCUUUUUGUCUGUUUCUCUUCACUUGUUACGCACUCUUAGUUUAGAAUAGGUGGUGUAAUUAAAAAUACUUGUGGCUAGGAAGAUCACCAGAAUUCUUGCAGCAGAUUGAUAAAUAACAAUUCUGUGGGCUUUUUUUAAAAAAUGCUUUAUUUGUAGUAACUAAUUUCCAUUGCAUUUACGUACCCCAUUUUUAACAAAAAGUACAAAGCAUCUUGCAGGUUGUUUGAGCACUAGUGGUGGCUUUUCCAAUUUCAACUUGUUUCUCAGGCAAUUCUUCGUCUGUGCGAAGAGCUUUGACUAUUUAUAUUCCUUCAAAUCAUCAAUUACGAAUGAACGUCAAGUGUAUGACUUUUGUAAAUUUGGAAGAAGGGUCUGUCUUGGUUGCACUUGGAUGUAAUUAAGGUUUCUAGAUUUUAAGAUUCCAAUUUAUUCUGUGUCUUGUGUAACUCUAAUAUGUUUUAUGUACAGUAAUCCAUUUAAGCACAAUGUUGCAACAGGUUGAUAAGUUUUGUAAGGAACCUAGCAAGAACCCCUGACAUGGCAGCACUUUUAACAUUCUGGAUAUUAACCAAACAUUGCCAAUUUGUUUUGUUAGAAAUCUGAAGUGUUGGUGUUUAAAUUAGAUAUCGACAAAAAUUUUUACGUUGAAUUGGAAAAAUUAUUAUUCCUUGCAUUGGUUAAAAAUUGAUCAAUUGGAUGAUGCGGUUUUACCAGCUAAUACAUGGAGCAUGAGGAAGAUUGAACCCUGGAAUCAGUGCCAAUCUCUGGGAAGCUGAAACAUAACUUUUUGAGAGACUGACGUGUAUGUAAGCUGGAUGUUGCAGACUCUUCUGAUUGCAGUAAUUUUAGUUAAACAAUGCAGUUUUUACAGGUAAUUUUAAUUGGAUGAUUUUAUUGCAACAACAAAGAAAUAGAAAAGUUACCUAGCUACAUGCAAUUCUUUAAUUUUAAGAGAAAUCUCUUCAAGCUAUUUGCAGUCUUUCUAUAUUUAAUUUUUUUUGUUGUUUAAAUGCAGUCAUUCUUGAGCUUGCAUCGUAAUGUAGAUUACAGAAACUAUGUUAUAGAUAGGGAGAAGUUAAUUGUAGAAACUUUGUAUUCUGAGAAUUAAAAUGUUCUAAAUAUAUGAAGGAAAGUUCAAAACGGAUUAAAUAUUUUGUUAAUUUCUUUUGUUCAAGCUUUUUCUGAUAUCCAUGUGUCGGCUCAGAUGAUAUGCAGCCAGUUUUGCAGAGAGUAAAGUUAACCUUUUUGGGUGGGGGGAGGGGGAGGUUUACUAUCUGACAAUAUUUGACUAGUUUUUAUUGUCAUCGUUACAUUGUUACUUACACACACCCACCCCUCUGUUUAGUUUGUAAUGAGGCCAGAUGCAUUGCAACCAUGUAUGUUUCUUACAGUAUGUUACCUGGUGUAAAAACAAAUAAAAGACCAAAUUAAUAAAAUACUUUUUAGUAGGA